GCUUACGUCAGUCGUGAAAUCGGUCACUGGUGGCUCAGCCGCAACUUCUGGAAAGUUUCUGCCCAGCAGGCUGUGCUGGCCAUAAUUUUGUUCCUGGCUUGGUAUGUGAUGGGAUUCGAGGAGAUUAUUGAGGUGGGACUCGGACCCGGCGAGAAACCCCUUGUUUUGCAACUCACGUUUCUUCUGGCGACGGUCUUGUACCCGGCUGUUUUGGCGUCUACUUUUGACUACUGA